AUGUGUGGCAUUUUCGCUUGCCAUUGUCAUCCUGACGUCCAAAAGUUCAAGCCCACAGCGCUGAAGCUGUCCAAGGCGAUCCGACACCGCGGCCCCGAUUGGAGUGGCAGCGUCAUCUCUCACAACACAAUCCUCUGCCAUGAGCGUCUUAGCAUCGUCGGUGUUGAGUCUGGCGCCCAACCCCUGACCAAUGCCGAUGACACACUCAUUCUUGCUGCCAACGGCGAGAUUUACAACCACCGUCAGGUCCGAAAGCACUUGAAGGAGCCCUAUCACUUCAAGACAACAUCGGACUGCGAGGUCAUCAUUCCUCUGUAUCUGGAGCACGACAUCGACGCCCCCAACCACCUAGAUGGCAUGUUCUCCUUCGUUCUAUAUGACAAGAAGCAGGACCGUACCAUUGCCGCCCGCGACCCCAUCGGCAUCACAACAUUGUACCAGGGAUGGUCAUGGAAGGAGCCUGGAGCUGUGUACUUUGCCUCGGAGCUCAAGUGCCUGCACCCCGUCUGCGACAAGAUCGUGGCCUUCCCUCCCGGCCACGUCUUUGACUCAAAAACCGGCGAGACGACCCGUUACUUCAAGCCCACUUGGUGGGAUCCCACCAACGUGCCCUCUGCCCCGAUCGACUACAAGGCCAUCCGAACUUCACUCGAGACCGCUGUUAGAAAGCGCUUGAUGGCUGAAGUCCCUUAUGGUGUGCUUCUCUCCGGCGGUCUCGACUCUAGUCUGGUUGCGUCCAUUGCCCAACGAGAGAUGCUGCGGCUCAGGAAGAAGGCCGACGAGGCUAGCGGCACGGAUACUCCUGCGGAGGCUGACCUUGACCACGGAGAGGGCCUUGUCGGCGUUGACGACGACGACAACCUGUCCACUGUCACCUACCUGCCGCAGCUCAACUCCUUCUCCAUCGGUCUCCCCGGAUCUCCCGACAACGAGGCCGCCCUCAAGGUUGCCAAGUUCCUCGGCACCAAGCACCACGUCAUGACAUUUACAAUCGAGGAUGGUCUCAACGCGCUGUCGGAUGUCAUCUACCACCUGGAGACUUACGAUGUCACAACAAUCCGAGCCUCUACGCCCAUGUUUUUACUCUCCCGCAAGAUCAAGGCCAUGGGCAUCAAGAUGGUCUUGAGUGGUGAGGGUAGCGAUGAGAUUUUCGGUGGCUACCUCUACUUCCACGCUGCCCCUGACAAGAAGGCAUUCCACGAGGAGACGGUCCGCCGUAUCAAGAACCUGCACCUUGCGGAUUGUCUGCGAGCCAACAAGUCCACCUCGGCGUGGGGUCUCGAGGCUCGUGUGCCUUUCCUGGACAAGAAGUUCAUUGAGACUGCGAUGAGCAUCGACCCUCAGGAGAAGAUGAUCACCAAGGAGAGAAUGGAAAAAUACAUUCUCCGAAAAGCCUUUGACACAACCGACGAGCCCGGCACUCCCGCCUAUCUGCCCGACUCCAUCCUGUGGAGACAGAAGGAGCAGUUUUCUGACGGUGUCGGAUACGGAUGGAUCGAUGCGCUCAAGGACAACGCCGAGCUCCACGUCACCGACGAGAUGAUGAAGAACCCCAAGGCCGAGUGGGGUACCGACAUUCCGGACACCAAGGAGGCUUACUGGUACCGACUCAUGUUUGACGAGCAUUUCCCUCCUCGCUGCGCUUCCACCGUGGAGCGAUGGACGCCAACUUGGUCCAACCAGACGGAUCCCAGCGGCAGAGCCAUCGCGACUCACAACGCCAAGUACGACAACGCCGAGUAA